CCACGCCAUCCGUCUGCUCCUGGAGUACACGGAGACGCCCUACGAGGACAAGCUCUACAGCUGCGGAGAAGCUCCAGACUACGACAAGAGCCAAUGGAUCAAUGAGAAGGAGAAGCUGGGGCUGGACUUCCCCAACCUCCCCUACUUCAUCGACGGCACCACCAAGCUGACGCAGAGCAACGCCAUCCUGCGCUACAUCGCCCGCAAGCACAACAUGUGCGGUGAGACGGAGGAGGAGAUCCUGCGCGUGGACAUGCUGGAGAACCAGAUCAUGGAUUUCCGCAUGAGCCUGGUGAUGGUCUGCUACAACCCCGACUUUGAGAAGCUCAAGCCGGGCUACCUGGAGCAGCUCCCGGGGAAGCUGAAGCUCUUCUCCAACUUCUUGGGGGACAGAAAGUGGUUCGCGGGGGAGAAGCUCACCUUCGUGGACUUCCUCAUGUUCGACGUGCUGGAGCAGAACCGCAUCUUCGAGCCCAAGUGCCUGGAGCCCUUCAAGAACCUCAAGGACUUCAUGGACCGCUUCGGGGCCCUGGAG